GGAUCUCCGGGGGAUCCCGCCCGCUCCCCGUUCGGCCGCCUGUGACCCCUCUCCCCGCACCCCGAGUGUCGCCCUGUGGAUUUAGCGCAAUACCGGCGCAAUACCGGCGCAGCGAGGCUCCUACAAAAGGACUGGCGCUCCCCCUUUCUCCCUCCGCCUCCUUUUCUCAAACAGCCUCCGUCCGUCUCCCUUCCCCCAGUGCCUGGGAUCCCAUGCCCGCCGGGAGCCUGCCUGCUGCCCUGGCCUGACAUACAUGUGCCCUGAAUGGCAUCUUUGCUGCGGAACCUCCAUGCUGAGCCACACCGGACAACGCACUGCUUUCCAUCUUGCAAGUAGCCAAUCAGCAUAAAGAUGUGCUAAUCUCAUCAUCUUCUCCCAACUUCCUGCGUGUUUCAUUGGGCCUCGGAUUUUCUUAUGAGCGGGGACCGGACAGCCAAUCAAAAUAGAGUCCCUAAAGGUUAAAGUUGACUUUCUGAAGGUGCCUUUUGGCCUGAAGAAACCAGUGCUGAAAGAGGCAGUCGCAGUUUUGGCUUCGACACAGGGGUCGGGGGGACCCAAACCCGCCAACGUGGAACGGCACAAAAGCCGCUACUCUGAAAACAUGGACAACGACUCCCAGUACUCGGGUUACUCCUAUAAGUCCGGCCACUCCAGGAGUUCCCGAAAGCACAGAGAUCGGAGGGAGCGGCACAGAUCUAAAAGCCGAGAAGGAAGUCGCGGUGAUAAGUCGGUCACAAUCCAGGCGCCAGGGGAGCCCUUAUUGGAUAAUGAGUCAACGAGAGGGGAAGACAGGGAUGAUAACUGGGGGGAAACCACCACCGUGGUCACGGGGACCUCCGAGCACAGUAUAUCCCAUGAUGACAUCACGCGCAUCACUAAGGACAUGGAGGACAGCGCCAAGCUGGACUGCUCUAGACACCUUGGGGUUGUCAUUGGUGGAGCCUUGGCUCUGCUCUCGUUCCUGACCCCAAUAGCCUUCAUGCUGCUGCCCCAGAUCCUAUGGAGAGAGGACUUGGAGCAAUGUGGCACAGCCUGUGAGGGUCUCUUCAUCUCCGUGGCCUUCAAGCUCCUCAUCCUUCUACUGGGCAGCUGGGCACUGUUCUUCCGCCGCCCCAAAGCCUUCUUCCCAAGGGUGUUUGUUUUCAGAGCCCUUCUCAUGGUGCUCGUCUUCCUCUUGGUGGUUUCCUACUGGCUCUUUUAUGGAGUACGGAUACUGGAAUCCCGGGACAAGAACUACCAGGGGAUUGUACAGUACGCCGUGUCUCUGGUGGAUGCCCUGCUGUUUGUCCACUAUUUGGCCGUCGUCCUCCUGGAGUUGAGGCAGCUUCAGCCUCAGUUUACCGUCAAGGUUGUAAGGUCAACAGAUGGAGCAAGUCGGUUCUACAACAUUGGGCACCUAAGUAUCCAGCGAGUUGCCGUAUGGAUUUUGGAAAACUAUUAUCACGACUUCCCUGUCUACAACCCUGCUCUCCUGAACCUGCCAAAAUCCAUCCUGUCCAAGAAAAUGUCUGGCUUCAAGGUCUACUCCCUCGGCGAGGAAAACACCACCAACAACUCAACGGGGCAGUCCCGAGCCGUGAUAGCAGCCGCUGCUAGAAGGCGAGACAACAGCCACAACGAGUAUUACUACGAGGAGGCCGAACACGAGCGGCGGGUCAGAAAACGGAAAGCCAGGCUGGUGGUAGCGGUGGAAGAGGCUUUCACGCACAUCAAAAGGCUACAAGACGAAGACCAAAAGAACCCCAGAGAGAUCAUGGACCCUAGGGAGGCAGCUCAGGCCAUCUUUGCCUCUAUGGCAAGAGCCAUGCAGAAGUACCUACGGACAACCAAGCAGCAGCCGUACCACACAAUGGAGAGCAUUCUUCAUCACCUCGAGUUCUGCAUCACCCACGACAUGACUCCAAAGGCUUUUCUGGAGCGGUACCUAGGCCCGGGCCCAACUAUCCAGUACCACAAAGACCGCUGGCUGGCGAAGCAGUGGACAUUGGUCAGCGAGGAACCUGUAACCAACGGUCUGAAGGACGGUGUUGUGUUUGUUUUGAAGCGCCAAGACUUUAGCCUUGUGGUCAGCACUAAAAAGAUCCCCUUCUUUAAGCUGUCCGAGGAGUUUGUGGACCCCAAGUCUCACAAGUUUGUCAUGAGACUUCAAUCAGAGACCUCGGUUUGAAAGACACGACCCGCUGGGCAGGUGGAAAGAGAUCUAAAGGAAACAUGUUGGUGGAACAUGUUGUCUCAAAAGCGCCCUUGCACAAUCUUUCCUGCUGGUGGGGACUUCCUUGGGUCUCCACUUCUGAUUGUUAGAUGCCACCUUGGCAACGUACCAACCCAGGAUUUACUGCAUCUUCCAACUACCAUGCUCCAUUACUCUCUUUACGCAGGGAUCGUACAAGACAGAAGGGAAAUAAAGCUCUUUCUUCCAAAUACCAGUGUGCCCAAUGGUUGUCCAGUAUCAGGAGCCGAUAAACACUGUACAAAACUUGACCGGUCCGUGGUCCCUCCUCUUCCUACCAUCUCGCAAUAAUUGCCUUCACCGAUAAAGGCCAUAAAGGAUACAACUAUCUCUUGCCAACGUUCAAGGGCUAUCCGUUUAUUCUACAUGUUUUGUACCAACCUACCUUCCUGGUGCUGGCCCCAGAGGGUCCCGUUCUCACCCACGACAGACUCCAUUACUCCGUGGCACGUUGACUCGAGGACAUUCAAAGCAACUCGAAUAAAGGCCAAAACGGCCGAUUUCCAGGAAAAGACUUCUAUCCACCCACUUCAAGAAGCUGACGUUUGGAUUGGGCAGGAUGGGUUGUGGGACCUAAAAGGGAUGGUUCUACUGUAUUUGUUGACUUCAGUAGGGGGUUGUUUUUUUUUUUUGUAUUUUCCAGCCAUUCUGCUCAAUAACCACUAACCUUGUGGCACUAUUAUUUUAUUACCCUCUUUGUACAAAAUUUUUCUACUUUUGUUGAGACACUUCGUAAAAAAAAAAUAAAAAAAUAAGGCCCCCAUUUUGUAAUUGCGGAACAUGACGUAUUUGCUCUUCUGGACUGGAUUCCCGACUCCGCCUGCAGAAGGGCGUGGCCUUGUCCUUGCUGCCCACUGUGAAUGGGUGAGAGGAUCUGAAGGCGUGGCUUGCAUUGCCUAUGCAGUUCAAUCAUCGACACCGACCAGGGAAAACAAACAAAAAUGACUAUUGAACCGGCUGUUACAUUCCAGGCCCAUGAUUAUUCUGGAUUGUUCUUCACUACACAAUGCACUAGCAAAUCAGCAUUUGUUUACAUCACACGUGGCCAGAUUUAUCGACGGAAUUGUUAUUGGGUAUCGGGUAUUCAAUUUGAAAUUCCCUGACAGUGGGAAUUCCUAGUACCGCGCUUUUUAUUUAAGCCAAGGGUCGUUAGUACUGUUUUUUAAAAAGGCGUUUUUGUUGAUUUCCCCAUGGCAUUAAUUCUCUGGAAAGUUCCAAAUUGCGGGGGGGGGGGGGGGGGGGGAAAUAAAAUUCCGCCUGUCUGUUUACUGUUCAGGUUCAGAUUGUUACUGUACUUUGCGAGUGGAACCGAAGACUUGUAAUGUUUGUAGCCUCUCACCACUGAAGGACGUCAAUAAUAAAGUUGUUUUUACACUACCUAA